AAGCAGGGUUGGAGAUUGAUGAGAGAGCCAAACUCGCUAGCUGCUAGAGUUUUAAAGGCAAAAUACUUUCGUAGAACUGACUUUCUACAUUCAAGAGAAGCAUAUAGUGCUAGCCUGACAUGGAAGGGCAUCUGGGAGGCAAGAUAUAUCCUUCAAGCAGGUUGUCGUAGGCGUAUCGGAAAUGGUAGAAGCACUAGGGUGUGGGAAGACCCAUGGCUUCCUGGUUCAUCAUGCUUUAAUGUUGUGACUCCUAGAGCAAAUGGGUGUGAGGUGGAAUGGGUUUCAGAAUUGAUUGAUGAUGUUACGCAUAGCUGGAGGAGGGAAUUAGUGUAUCAACUCUUUUCAGAGUAUGAGGCACAGUUAGUUUUGUCUAUCCCACUUAGCUGGAGAAGUUUGGAGGAUGAUUGGGUUUGGCAGCAUACAAGAGAGGGGUGUUACUCGGUGAAAUCAGGUUAUCAUGUGGCCUGUCACUCUCAUCAGAAUCCUCAGCAACCAUCCUCCUCUGCAGGCGAGUUUCGAGGACAGAUUUUGUGGAGGUUGGAGCUACCGGAGAGGAUUAAAGUUUUCCUGUGGAGUGCUUAUAGGGAUAUACUCCCAACAAAGGAAAACUUACGUAAGAGACGGGUGGACAUUGAUAACUAUUGUCCAGUUUGUGGAGAGAUGGCUGAAACAGGGGUGCAUGUUCUGAAGGAUUGCCAAUUUGCACGAGCUGUAUGGUUGGGGAGUCAGUUAAACCUUCGUGUGGCGGAUAUGCAAGUGGAUAGUUUCGCUGAAUUUUUUGACACAGUUGCUCUCACAGUUGACCAGAGGAAGCUUGCGUUGUUUGGGGUAGUCUGCUGGUCUCUGUGGAACAAUCGCAAUGAUAUAUUAUGGGAGAGUAAGAGGCAACAACCACAGCACGUUUGCGAGAUGGCAGUUCGUUUUCUGCAAGAGUACGGUGAAGCUGUAAGACACAAAUGUGGGACGCGUGGAGGACCAAGGAGAGGGGAGAUUAAGUGGGAACCACCAGAUGAAUCACAUUUUAAGGUGAAUGUGGAUGGGGCUUUGUUCCAGAACUCCAAGGAAUUUGGUGUUGGAGCGGUGGUGCGUGAUUGUAAUGGGGAGGUAAUUGCAGCUAUGUCAUGCCGUCGACAAGGGACUCUCCGAGUUGAGGCGGUGGAGGCCUAUGGCCUGCGUGGAGCGUUGCAGUGGGCUUACGAACUGGGCUUAAGGAAGAUUAUUGUUGAGUGUGAUUGUGCGGUUGUCGUACAGUGGUUGGGGUCUCAACAUGCAGUGUUGUUAUCAGAGUUAGGGGGAGUGUUGGCAGACUGUAAAGGCUUGAUGGAUAGAUUUAACGAAUGUCGAGUGCAACAUGUUCGAAGGGCAGGGAAUCAAGUGGCUCACGAAUUGGCACGCAGAGCUGAAUAUAUUGCAGGAGACGAGUUUUGGGUUGAAGAGGUUCCUGAUCCAAUCAAGGCUUUUGUACUAAAUGAUAUGGCUUAGUCUGUAUGGAGUACACCUUCCUCAUUUUUGAGGCAUGAAAUAAUAUUCAAUAGUAUUG